UUAUGCCAUUCUUGUCUUUGAAGCGACAUGCUGGUCCCUGUAGAAUAUAAAGGAGUCAGCAAAUGGGUCAGGGUACCACAGGCAGAGGACGAGUACAAUUACUCCCAGUUUUUGCAAGCAGUGCUGGCAAAAUUCAAUUUGCCAGGUUCUGCUUCCUUGAGCCUGAAGGAUUCCUCAAACGUUGAAGUGGAUUCGGACAUAUUUGAUGAACUCUUGAAAUCAUCUGGGGUGUCUUUCAAGGCCGAAGACUGUGAUGGUAGCACUGCUGAGGAGGAGUUCUCCGAGGGCUCGUCUGUAUCAGACUGGUCACCAUCACCUGCAUCCCAAGGGUCAUCAUCAGGUUCUGACUCAACGCUGAUACUGGAUUCUACCAAAGCUCGGAAAAGACAGCUGAUUGAAGGACCACUGGAUAGCAACGUUGCAAGAGAUAAUGUCAGAGUCGCUCUGUAUUCAAAGCCUGGUGGAAACGAAAUAUUCAAAGAGUACGAGAAAACAAGCACCAUCAGUGAUGUUACAAGAAGAAAGAUGGUAAACAUUCUCGUGGCAGAUAUGGUGGAGAGCCAUGGGAGGGUUCCUCCAAUGAAUGUGCGGAUCCUCUACGCACUAGGGAUUAUAACACUGUUCCCUAAAUUGAAGGACCCAGAUUCCAAGAAUGGCUAUGAACAUUUCUAUGAUCACCAGAGUGGUUCUGGCUACCUAGCAUGGAGGCUGAAAACUGUUCAGCGGAACUCUGCUCAGGACAGCAAGAAAUCCAGGACCACUUUCCAAGAGGGCCCCAAGAGUCCACGCAGUAUCCGUUCAGAUGAGAAGCAGUUGACUGGUGAUGAAUGCAGGGAAGCCAUAUCGGCGAUGAAACACUCAAGUGAUACGACCCUUGUCAAAAAUAAGAUGAAGGCAACAUUCCAGCACAGGCAAAAGGUGGUUCAAGACCUGGUUACUGCCUCUACUGUCCUGGAUCUCUUUCCUAGAUUCUUGGAUACACCUGGCUUGAUCGACCAAGACUUCACAAUGAUCUUCGGUGAGGAGGUGUCUGGUAAAUUCCUUUCCAAGUGGCCAACAUUUUUCAAACCGAGGGUCAUCGCAGAUUGCUGCAAGAAUCUAACUCCGAGUCCGCGUGUGGAUGAGCUACUUGUGUCUGCACAACAGGAGUCUGAUGAUGGUGUGUGGCAUUCUGAAGAGUGGGACUCUGAGACGGCCGCCAUCCUUCUGCUCCUUCACCUCUUGCCUCCAACAGUUAAAGGCAAGAAGACCAGCAAGAUGAGUGCAUCGGAUGCUGCUGGACGCCUGAUCAAGUUCAUGAAGGUGGGGUCAAGCAUGGAGACCUUCCUUAAGGAAACUGGCCCCAAACAGCCCUUUCUUCUCGGUGUUGGGGAAAGACGCAAAAGCAUCCAGGAUUUCUACAUCAUCCUGGACCAGAAGGCCAUUCCCUGCAGGAUGCAGACCCCAGUUGCUGCCUUUGAUGAGCUCUUCAAGGCACAUUAUGUUUUUGCUGUGUCGUAUGAUGAUGCGCUGUCCAGCUUCUUCAUCUUCAUCCAGACCACCGUGUAUGGCAUCGACGUCGGCAAAGUGAAAGAGAGUCCUCGGGUAAAAGAAAUCAGAGCGAGGCUUCUUCACUGUGAAGUCUGAAGACUGAUUUUGACCACAAAUGUACACAUGUUACAUUUGCAAGGUACACCACACCAAUUGUUCAAUGUUAUUUAGACAUUUGAAGUUUGAACAUGGAUUGUAUCCCGGAAGGUCUAUGCGCUUGAACUGUGGAGAGCCUGGUUGUUCAUUUGUUUUUUGUACAUAUUCUGGUUACCAACGUCACCUAUCUAGAGCACAUAAGGACUGUCUUGAUCCAAAUCCUGUUAGCAGCAGUUUUGAAUUUGAGCCUGUUGCUGGGCCUUCCACACCAGUGAAUGUGGAUCCUCCUGUGAGGGUCACUGCACAUGUUCCAAUUGAAAAGAAGAAUAUACUGGACUUGUGCAGCUCUGUUAUUGCUCAGGUUCAAGCCUCAGGUGUUCCAGACAGUACUGUGCAGUGUCUAGUCGGCUCGAUGGAGGAACUGGUUAAUGACAUUCAGGCUCACGCAAAGGAAGCAGUUGUUAAUUGUUUGUCUUCUGAUGCAUCUAAAGAAACUUUGGAGAGAGUUGAGGGUUGCUUUGAUCAGCUCGAAAACCCAUUUUCAUGUCUUAACACAGAAUCUAAAAGGAAGAGGCAUUUUGAAGAGAAAUGGAAUAUAGUAGAACCUGUAGAACAUGUUCUGGGUGUCCGUUUUGAUGUAAGAAGAGACAGAAAAACAGGCACGUAUAGGCAAGUUCCAGUCAAUGAUAAGUUUAUGUAUGUACCUAUCCGGGGGUCUCUCUCAUCUAUGUUUAGUAACAGUGAACUCUGUAACAGCUUCCAAGAAGUAAAACUACACCAGGAGGGAUUUUACAGAGAUAUAAGUGAUGGGUCCUACUUUAAAAAUCAUAGUUUAUUUUCUCAGCAAGAACUUGCUCUUCAGAUCCAGCUCUACUAUGAUGACUUUGAAACUGCCAAUCCAUUGGGCUCAAAAAAGGGAGUACACAAACUUGGAUGUGUUUAUUUUAUUUUGAGAAAUUUAUCACCAAAACUCAAUUCUGUGUUAAUGAAUAUCCAUCUUGUCGCUCUCUUUCAUUCAGAGGAUCUUAAGACAUAUGUGUUUGAGCCAAUUCUGAAGCCACUUAUUGACGAUCUUAAGAUUUUGGAGACUGAAGGAAUACAGUUGCCCUUUUCAGCUACACCUGUGAAGGGUUCAAUCAUUCAGGUUACAGGAGACAAUUUAGCUCUCCAUGCACUUUUAGGUUUUGUUGAAUCAUUCAGUGCAACGUACUGUUGUAGAUUAUGUUUAACUGAUAAAAGUGAUUAUCAGUCAGUUUUCAGUGAAGAUCACCCAGGUUUAAUUCUACGUUCAAAAGACCUUCAUGUUGAACACGUUCGUGCCAUCCAAGAAAAUCCUGCUUUGAAAUCAACAUUUGGUGUCAAACGAGACUGUCCACUAAAUUCCCUCCAGUUUUUCCAUUCAGCAAACAAUUACGCUGUAGACAUAAUGCAUGACCUGCUAGAAGGAGUGGUGCAAUAUGAGUUAAAGCUUGUUUUUCAGUAUUUGAUCAAGAAUUCAAUAUCCCUGAGUUCAUUGUCUGAAAGAAUUGCUAGCUUUAACUAUGGAUACACACAGAGAAAGAACAGGCCAGGUGGGCUUAAGCUGGAUGACAACAGCAAAGAUCUCGGACUUAAUGCUAUCCAGUCUUGGUGCCUCCUACGCAAUGCCCCGCUGUUAUUUGGAGAUUUAGUUAACAGAGAGGAUACCUGUUGGCAGUUGUUACUCCUUUUAAUUCAAAUUGUAAACAUUGUGUUUUCACCAACUAUAACUCAUGGUAUGACUUGUUAUUUGAAACAUUUAAUUUUUGAUCAUCACAAGCUUUUUAAAUCCAUCUUCCCAGAGCACAAUUUGAUUCCAAAACAUCACCAUAUGAUCCACUACCCAAGCUGUAUUAGAAGAAUUGGACCACUCAUACACAUUUGGUGCAUGCGAUUUGAAGGAAAACAUAAUUUCUUCAAGAAAUGUGUUAAAAACUUCAAAAAUAUUGCUAAGACUCUGGCUAAGAAACAUCAGUCUCAGUUAGCAUUUCAUUUUGAGAACUUUUGUUUCCAAAGAUUACAGUUUGGUCCGAUUUCUGAAGUCCUGGUCAGCAGUAUAGAGGGUGGAGAGGUGCUGAAUGAAGCUUUUGAUGUGUCGUCAGUUUCUACCACUUCCUGGGUCAACAACUAUGGCACAGAGUAUCAGGUUGGGAUGUAUGUGGUUACUGGAGUUGAAAAUGAGAUGCCUUUGUUCAACAGGAUUGACAAUAUAAUUGUUAAAGACAACAAUGCCUAUCUUUUGAUUUGUAAAGUCUCGAAUAUUUUUUUUGAUGUUCAUUUAAAUGCAUUUGGUAUUGAGGAGAAAAAUGAGGUUUUCACAGUGAUCUGUGUAAAUGACCUGGUAUAUUACAGACCUUGUGAUAGGCAGUUUUCAUAUGACACCGAUGACCAAGUGUACCUUGUUCCAUACUGUAACUAUAUGUGAAUCCAUGCAGACUGUUAAUUGUUACUGUGGUGUGGUGGCCAUUUAAUAAGACUAUUUUUGUAAAGAAGUUUUUGUCUUGUUUAUUUUUUGUGAUAGGUUUGGCAGGUGGUUGUGGUGGUUAUGGGUGGGUGGGUUUAUUGGUAGUCAAAUUUUACACCCAUUGGUCUGAAUCCAUUGGUAGUCAGUGUAGCAUUUUCAACCACAGUCACUGUAACAUUUUCUUGAAAUUACACUAGUAUAGAGUACUAUUGACACUACACACAUAUUGGCUAGUGUUAAUUUUGAACUCCUUACAGUGUUGAAAUAACUAUAGCUAAGAGUGGAAACAUUAACACUGACACUACACAUGUGUUAGCCAGUGUUAAUUUUGAACUCCCUACAGUGUUGGAAUUACUAGAGCUAAGUGUAAAAAAACACACUGACACUAGUGUAGAGUACUACUGACACUUCACAAGUGUUGGCCAGUGUUAAUUUUGAACUCCCUACAGUGUUGAAAUAACUAUAGCUGAGUGUAAAAACAUUAACACUAGUGUAAAUGUUAAAUUAACACUGA